AUGUUCUCUCCGCCCACCGUCGCCGUCGAAGAAGAAAGACAGACCCACUAUCGUCGCCGCCGCCUUUUCCCCUUCCUCCUCCGAAGUAUACUUCUUAUGGACGCCGUGACAUUUCCUAGGAGGUUGUUCACAGAAGGAGAAGAACCGGAUUAUGAUCGCAGUGUUGUCUACUAUAGCAAGAACACUGCACUGUGGUCUCAAAUGCACACCACACUUGAAGAUGAAUGGGAUGAGCUUGAGAAUUCUAAGCUGGGACCCCUCUUCAGGUUCACGAAGCUCGAGUUUAAUUGGGCAUCGAAGGUGGCACAGACUAUGCUCACUAUGCAAGUAGCAUGCAAGAAGAAGUAUGAGAUAUGGAGUGCCGUGGGUGUACAGCCAGUGCGAUUUUCUCUGAACGAGUUUGAACACAUCACCGGGCUUAACUGCGAGUAUAAAGAAGCGCUGACGAAGCCAGAGACUGUUAACACAGACGAGAUGAAAGAGUUCUGGCGGAAGCUUGGUGUGAAUGAGAAGCUUGGUCCGAGCGUUGACGAACUCUUAGCAGCGUGCCAGUGGGCCGGAGAGUGGAGCAGAGAGGAUAGGCUGAGACUUGGUUUUUUGGCCGUAUACGCUGGCUUCAUUGAUGCUCGCAAAAGUUCCACUCAUACACGAGUAGCACUGGCUAGUCAAGUUAUGGACUUGGAGAAGUUUGAAAACUAUCCCUGGGGGCGAGUAGCUUUCAAGACCCUCAUCAAGUCCAUAAAGAAAGCAGACGUGUCCAAGCCAUUCAGCCUCGAAGGCUUUGCUGAAGUCGUGCAAGUGUGGGCGUACUAUGCUAUGCCGAGGUUCGGAGAAGAAAACGGUGAUCCGAGGCCAAAUAAUCCUGAGCCACCGCUGCUAGCAUUCAAUGGAAUCAGAGGGAAGAGAUAUGUUAUCGGAACCAUGAAGAAGCAGGUGCUUUUCAAUCACAUGGUAAUGGUGGACAAGGCAGACGUGUACCCACGUUGGGACAAGGAAAUAGAUGACGAGAAGGUGGACAACAUCAUCAAGGCCUUGCUUGGGGAAUUUGGUGGAGGAUGGGUGUGGAAACCAGCUGACUGGGUUAGAGAAGGGAUAUCGGUGGUUAAGAAGGUGAAGUUUGAGAAGUCUGUGAAGUCAGAGAAGUCUCAUGGCAAGAGGAGUCUCUCUGAUGAGGCUGAUGAUGAUGAAGCGAUAAGUGUCAAAAGAGCUCGGACCUCAGAUGGUUCACCUGCGGAGGCCUCUGGUGCUGGCUGGAAAGGUCUUGAGGCGAAGAUUGAGGAGCUUUUUAAAGACUUCACCAAAAAACACUUCGAGGAGAUGAGUAAGACCCAGGAAAAGAUUCAGGUCCUCACCGCUCAAGUCGCUGUGGUAGGGAGGAUUGUCAAGAAGCUUUCGCAUCCUCAGGCUCAGGAUUCUGUGAAGUCCAGUGAGGAUACUGCGAAGUCCAAUGAGGAUUCUGCGAAGGCCAAUGAAGAGCUGGAGAAGAAGAAUGAGGAGCUGGAGAAGAAGAAUGAGGAGAAGUCCGAUGAGGAGCCGGAUAAGUCCGAUGCCGGUGAAGGGAAGACGGCUCCGCCUGGUGGAACGGAAGAUACGGAUUGCACUUGGCUCCGGACACAUAUUCCAACUGAUUCUGAGGAAGCCGAAGAGAAAAGGCAACAGGAAGAGCAGAUCAAGGCGGCUAAUGUUAUGGCAAGAGGGAAAAGUGAGAGAGUAAGGAAGCUGGCGUUUACUCAGAAAGGUGAGUUCCAAGGAAACAGCACCGCUAGAAGGAUCAUCCUAAACAACCCCCCGGAGAUACCCAAUUCCCCACCGAAAUCACUUAAGAUCAUCUCUAAACCGAGGAAAGCAGCUAUUACGAAGAAAGCAGCUAAUCCGAAGAAAGCAGAUCCGAAGAAAUCACCUCCUCCGAAGAAAGCAGAUCAGAAAUCACCUCCUCCGAAGAAAGCAGCUAAUCCGAAGAAAGCACCUGAACCUAAGAAAGCACCUGAACCUAAGAAAGCAACCGGUGGCAAUGAACCUCUAGGGUAUAAUCCAUUUGCUCGACCUCUCGAGGAAAGGAUAACACCAAUGCGGGCAUUCGUCUCCGGAUUACCGGGUUAUUCUGCAGCUACAGCGCUGGAGCCGGACAAGUUCGAUUACCCGGAAUGGCACUGGUGGUUUACUUUACUCACGGGGUUUCAAUGGCUAUCGGAUAGCCAUAUGAAGUCCUGGGCCACCAUGAUGACUCACCGCCUAGCAACGCGACCAGAGUUGUUUAAAAAUGAUAGGAUCUGCUUCCUUAACAGCCAUAUCACUCAAUUUUGGGAAAGGGACUGGCCCAGAAUAAGCAUUGGGUCGCGCUGCAUGUCUCCAUACCCAAAAGGCACAUUACCAUCUACGACAGUCUGGCUCGAUGAUGCGGAAAUGGACUUGUUGGUGGAACCCUAUGCGGUGAUGAUGCCGAAUCUUAUGCACUCCGCGGCUCAGGCUGAGGACAAAUGCGUCUACUUCGAUGCGAAGUACACGCACAGCCGUCCGAGUAAGGAUGUGCCGCAGCAAGUGGGGGCUGGAGAUUGUGGCGUGUUUGUCCUCAAGUUCAUCGAGUGCCUGGCAGUCGGAUAUGCCGCAUUUCCGAAGACGUUGUGUCAGAAAAACAUCACCAUGUUUAGGGAGCAGAUUGCGUCUGAUAUGUACCAUGAGAUCAACUGCCGUGGACCGGUCGAGGACCCAGAUGAUUGGGACAAUGUCGAUUUGUAUGACGAGAGAUUAUGA